CGGCCUUCACUCUUGUUAUUCGGAAAGGACACACUAUCCCAAAUCUUCCCAGUUAGCAGCUGCUCUCCACCAUUGCCGAAUAGCUAAACUCCAUUCCCCUUAACCUCACUAAAACCCUAAACCCUUAGAAGCAAACCUCCCCCCAUGGCUUCAAUCAACUUCAAUCCCUUCGAAAGUUGGUUCAGGAAACCUCAAAACCCAAUCCAACCCAUCAACCUUCUCUCACUCGCCCACUCAUUCCGCCCCCAAACAUCCUCUCCCUCUCCCAAUUUCGCUUCUAUAAACUUCUCCAGCCCCUUCAACAAAAAACCCAAGAAACCCGACUCGGAUUCCGACACCCCCGGACCCUACAAGCAGAUGCUGGACCAGUUCUUUUGGGAAUGCGAGAACCUCCCUGAUUACAGGCACACUCCGGAGGUCGAAAAGAUUUUGGAUGAGGACCCCGUUUUCGAGAAGAAAGAGAAUCCGACGGAAGAGGAAAUUAAAGAGAAUGAAAAAUGGUGGCGUGAUUUCAGGGCAAGUCCCGUGGUUCAGUUUUUGGCUAGAGCUGAGGAAAUUGCUGACGAGAUCAAUAGAAUGGAGCUUAAAGAAAAUGAAGAGCCGUUCAGGAAGGAAGAUAAGAAACUGUGGCAAGCGCUUCCACAUGUGAUUGGGUUGGAUGGGAGGCCUAUGCCUAGAAAAGCUAUCAAGACCAGAGAAGAGAGCGAUGAUAAGUUUUGGGAUUUCACGAAACAGUUCUUCUUUGGGCUUUGGGGGUUCCGCCAGAGACCUUAUCCACCUGGUAAACCCAUUGAUGUUGCUCAAGCUAUUGGGUAUAAGCGGCUCGAGAAGCGUUACUAUGACUUUAUCAUGAGAAGUGGAGGGUGGUACUACAAAGAUCGACUGGGGCGCACCCGAGGUCCUUGUGAGUUAAUAACCCUCAAAACAGCUUGGGGUGCUGGGAUUAUUGAUAGACACACUUUUAUUUGGGGAGAGGACAUGGAUGAAUGGGCACCAAUUCAUAUGGUUUAUGGCUUGGAACCAGCAAUAGCCACUUGGGAAGUUAGGCUUGGUGCAGCAGCAACAGCUUUCCUUCACAAACUUCAGAAAGGUAUACCUCCUUGGGUUCCCCUUAAAGGACACGAGGAGAAAACUUAUAAGCAGCUUCAACACGAAGCUAUAGAGAGCAAAAGACGUGAUUUGGCUGUUUUAAAAGCUAAUGAUGGCAUAUGGCCUGGUGUUAGAAUACCUAGCCAUGCCCUAUUUCUUUGGGCUGGUGGCUCUGAAAUGACAACUCUUUUGGAAGCUGAUUAUAUGCCAAAUAAAUACAUCUCAAAAGAUCUUCGGCAAAAGUUGGCUAAAGUUAUCCCUGGGCUAAGGCCAUGGGAAGUUUUAAGUGUUGAGCAAGCAAUGGAUGAGAUUACCUAUGGUGGAGAGUGGUAUCGUGAACCUCUUGGUACCUACACAACUGGUCCUCCGUACAUUAGACAUUGGAAUAAGGAUGUCAAGAGAAUAUUCCGAAUCUUUUACAACCUUAGCAGCCAAGUUUUUAACAAACUAGACAGGACAGUUCCUGGUUUCAAUGCAAUAAUGGAGAAAGUACAGGCUGAUUCUGCUGCGAGGGAUGCUAGACGGAAGGAGAAAAGGGAAGCACAAAAGAAAGCUGAGGCGGAAGCUAUAUAUGGUCGAAGAGAGAAUGAUCCAUAGCAUAACCACCAUAUAAGGAAGUUAACUCUGAUUGGUAAGGUCUGACUUGACUUCCUGUAGGUUCUAUAUUGAUAACCAAUCAACCCCAUUGAAUUUGAUCUCAUAUAUCGCCGAAAGGAGAUGGUUUCUGAUUCUUUUGAGAACGUAGGCAUAGUUUUCGUUUUAAAUGAUAUAUGGUGAUCAAUGUUGAACUCUUGUACGGGAUACACUUGCUUUUUUGACAACGUAUUGAUUCCAAUGCUGAUCAAUGAAGAUCCUGUUUUAGCAUGUAAAUGACUUUUUGGAAUAUAGAAGUGCCUGCCUAUGUAUUGUUUAGAGGAUUAUUUCGAAUUUGAGUUGUUUUACCCUUUCAUUUUGGGGUUUGACUAUCGGACAUUGGGGUCUCAGACCAAAGGAAAAUAUUUAUUUUAUUUCUUGUUUAAUAUUAAUCAUAAUAUUAAUGUUAGAAUGAGUAGGAAUUGAUAAAAAGAAAGCAAAUUUCCCCACUUGCUUUUAUAUAAUAUUUGUUUGGUUAAAAUAUUAAUUAGUCCAUGUACUCUUUGUAAAUUUAGAAUUUAAUCUUUGUAUUUUUAUUUUUAAAAUUUAGUCCUUUUACUUUUGAGAUUUCUAAAUUCAAGUUUAAUAUUUAUUUUAUUUUACUCUUAUAUAAUAUUUUAAUAAAUUUAACAAUAUUAAUAAUGGGAUUGGAAUUUUGAUAUUUGAAAAGUAAAAGUAAUUGUUUAAGGGAAACGAUAACGUUUUCAGGAGUAUUUGCAUUUCUGACAAAGGCGGUAUUCGAUGCACCGACCAUGUAUGUAUGGAAAUCAUAAAAAUGCUUUGAGAAGGGCUCCAGCAAGCUGACACAUGUCCACCUAUUCUUGGGCCUUUUCGACUAUUUACCCAAUUAAUCAUCAAGAUAUUGCCCUCCCUAUCAGUAUUUUAUUAUUUUCAGACAAGGACGAUUCUGCCCUUUCCUUUUUUUCCCCCUUCACCGCCUCUCAGUAUAAAUAACACCUAUAUCUGUCCCACCAAAUCCCUUGAUCAAAAUCGUAGAAAAGAUGGAUGAUGUUGUGCCUGAAGCUGAUAGCUUGUUGCAUCCCAUUAAUCCCAAGGGAGAUGAUGAAGCAGGAGCUAAACAACGUGGGGAAGAGAAAGAAAGAGCUAAUGGUAGUGGAUUCAUUAAUCAUCUCAUCUCAAAUUUUGUUACUGCAGGAUCAGAUGCUGAUGAAGAGAGCCAAGCUACAGAAGCUGAGAAAGAGACCAUGAGCGCAGGUGCAGAGGCCAAAAAUGACGAGAAGGGAGGUGGGUUUUUUGAUCAAAUCAUUUCAAACUUGGUCAGUCCUUUAAGUCCCAAAGCUGGAAGCAUCAGUGCUCAAGGAAAAGCUGAAGCUUUUGGUGAAUCUGGUUUGAGACCAGAGGCAGAAACGGGUGGUGGUGGAGGAGGAGGGGUUAUGAACAAAGAGGAGCAAACAGAGGAUGGAGGAGGUAUCAUUGAUAACAUUGUCUCUCAGUUGCCCACAUCUCUUCCAGAUGAUGCAGCACCCACCAGUGAUGAAGCUACUAUUCUGAUUCACAUCGUUCAAGAUUAAACAACUGUUGUUGUCUUCUUGUGUUAAAAUACAUAUUUAUUUAAGUAUUUUGUUUAUUGUUUAAUGUCAAAAUCCUUUGGGACAAUUUAUUACAA